CCUUCAUUUCUUCGAAGAACUUUGCAAUACAAAAUGCGAGCAAAGCGCAAAAGGGGGUAUUACUUUCCGUCUUGACAUGCCUUUAUUUUUCCAUGGUACUAAAGAUACAAAAUUGAAUUAAUUGAUGAGGGAUCAAGACUUUUCAAAAGAUGGAGAAGCCAAGGCAAGAGCAUGGAAAGGAAACAAAUCAAGAAGAAUGCACAACAAAGUCCAAAUGGCCGAAAAAAUGGCAUGAGAUGAUGUCAAUCGAAAGGGAAAAAAAUAAAUUUAUGUUUUGUAGGAUCACUUUCUUUGUUAGGAUUACAACUGGUUAGAUUAAUUUUCCUAAAAGUAGUUAUCUUAUUCCUUGUCAAGAUUAGAUGUUAAUACUAUUUAGGAAAAGUGUUUUAAGUUUAAUUAAAGUAAAAGUCCUUAUGAGUUAGUUUUUCAAUUUGUCAGAGAGUCCUAAUCUAUUUAUUGGUUUUAAUGUGGUUAGAAAGAUAUUUAGGAGUUCUAAUGAGUUUAGGAAGCUGGGUUAUAGAGUCCAAGUCUUAAUUAAAGUUAGUUUCCCUAAAGGAUAAGUUUCUUAGAGUUUAAAAACUAGUCAAAUUAAAAUAUUCUAUUUUGAGUAGAGUUAGUCUUCUUUGAUAGUUAUCCUUGUGUAUUUUUGGAAUAAGUUUUUUAUUUUAACUAAGAGAAUUACAAUCCUAUGUAAAGGGGCUUGAGUCUUCGUAAUUUUCAUUCAAUUAAAUUAAAUUCAAUUCAUCAUCAAUAAAAUUUCGAUUUGAGUUUUUCUUUUAAGAUGUGUUUUGUGAUUAUUGUAUUGAAUUCUUGUUUAUCAACACUAGUCGUUCUUGUGAACGAUAUCAUGACCUAUUCAGCGCUUGUCUUGCAUCAUUAAUCAAUCGUACCUGCAUGUGUAUGCUACUUAUAUAUGUAUGUGUGCAUGUGAUGGUUAAUUUGUUGGUGUUGAAGUGUGUUAUAUUAAGCCUAUUGGGAUUUUGUUCAUAUCAUAUGCCCAUUAAUCAUGAUAACUAUUUAAUCUUGGGGGUAUAACAAAAAGAUAGAACAAGAGCCACAAUAUCUCAUGUCAUGCAAUUGGGGAUAGAGCUAAACAGGGCAUUCACAGAGAGUGUUACCUUUCUUCUUGAUAAAAGUUUAAUCUGAUUUUGUUCAAACAAGUAUAAGGGAGUAUAAUUUUUUAGAAUGUCAAAGGCACAAGAUCUAGCUUGAAUUUAUGCAUUACAACUUUGCUUAAUAAGACCUGGUUCUUUCUUAAGGUUGCGGGCUGAAACUGUAGUUUUCAACUAUAGGGACUACAGCAACAUGCUUCAAAAAACUGAAGUAACUGAAGACUUCUCUUGUCCAUUUUGCUCAAUGCAAUGUGCAAGCUUCAAGGGUUUGCGGUGUCAUUUGCACUCUUCACAUGAGUUGUUCAACUUUGAGUUUUGGGUAACUGAAGAUUAUCGAGCAGUGAAUGUCUCUGUGAAAAUUGAUACACUAAGAUCCGAGGUGGUUGCAGGUGGAGUAAAGCCACAACAGCAGCCAUUCUUUUUUUGCUCAAAGCCACGAAGACGAAGACCUAAGGGCCUCACUCAGAGUGAGAGAUAUGUCAACAUAGAAUUUCUAGAGUUGGAUUCACCCAAAUUACCCACAGACGAGCUAGACAGGGAAUUCUCUGAGAAGAACGAUGGUGAUAAGGUUUCCAAGUCUUCCAAUGGGAAAAAAUUGCAAAAUGGAAGGGAUGCAAACCAAAUUUCUGGUUUUGAUGUAGCCGAAAGUAUUGAACGUGUUGCAUCCAGUUUCAAUGUUCCAGGUGUUUCAAUUGCCAUGGCUCAAUCUUCUGUGGACCAUGAAUGUGUUAAAUCAUUGUCUGGAAGUGAGGCUACAGCUCCUGCUAUACUUCAUGUUGUAAAAUCUAGGAAGUUAACCACAGAACGGUCAGACCCUAGAAACCGUGUACUUCUCCACAAGCGGCAGUUCUAUCAUUCUCACCGAGUUCAGCCAAUGGCAAUAGAACAAGUAAUGUCAGAUCAAGAUAGUGAAGAUGAAGUUGAUGAUGACAUUGCAGAUUUUGAAGAUCGAAGGGAACCUGGAAAAUAUUAUAAUAUUGUCAUAUCGCAGAUGCUUGAUGAUUUUGUUGACGUUAGCAAAGAUGAGAAGCAACUUAUGCAUCUUUGGAACUCAUUUGUGAGAAAGCAACGGGUCCUGGCAGAUGGUCACGUUCCUUGGGCUUGUGAGGCAUUUUCCCGAGUUCAUGGACAGGAGCUGGUCCUUUCUCCAGCACUGUUUUGGUGUUGGAGGCUAUUCAUGAUCAAACUCUGGAAUCAUGGCCUUCUUGAUGGAGGCACAAUGAACAACUGUAACCUGAUUCUGGAAAGAUGCCAGGAUGAGGGAUCAGAUGUAGCUAAAAGCUGAAGAAGGGACGGGUAACUAUUACUUAAAAGAAAAUAGGAUAGAGUGCCAUUAAUUUCUGCUGUGACCCCAUUUUCUCUCUCUCUCUCUCUCUCUCUCCCAUUCUUCCCCUCGCUCGCAUAUAUAUAUUGGUAGAUUAGAGAGUCGUUGAAUAUUCUUUCCCAUACACAAAGAAUGGACAUGGGAACUUACCUUUUCGGUGUUGUGAUCUUAUUCAAUAUGGGUCUUAAGCAGCCUGUUCAUGUUACUGAUCAAUUCAUUCUAAAUUUCACCACAAAUUGAUCUACUAGUUGUAGUCAUACCAUGCUAUGUAAAGCUACUGUUAAUUUUAUCUAACACAAUACAUUCUUGAAUUUUUACACAAA